CUUGCAUUUGGGUUGUCUCCCAUGGUUUCCUUAGGAUUCCAACAAAACUCUAGGCAAUCGCCUAAAGAGUUCUUUCUCGACUUAUCAAGCGGAUUUCCACCCCAUUUGUGGCAUCUUCCAUUAUACCAAGGCACUGAUUUGAGGACAAAUCCUUUUCAAGAGGAGGGGAAUGAUGCAAAUUAUAUCAUGGAUGACAAUGAAAAGACUUCAAGAGAAGAUUUAAUUCAAGUUCCAUGUGGGCCAAUUACUAGAUGUCGGGCAAAGAGGGUGAAAGAAGCUCUUAAUGGAUUAGUCCAGGAGUCUUGGACUCAUGCCAAUUCAUGGGGAUCUAAGGAGAAAGAGCCACAAAGAUUUGUCAACUUAUUCCAAACCCAAGGAUAAAAGAUUCAUAUUAUUAUGGUUGGAUAUUUCAUAUUUUUUAUUGCGGUUUAAUAAUGGCUUGCAUGCCAACUUGAUGUAGUUUUUCUUUCAUUUGUUUUAGAAGAUAGUUUAUCUUUUUUUUUGAUUUCUUGUAAGGAUUAGCCUGUAUAUAGGCCUUACUUCAAAUGA